UGAUUAUUGUUGGAGUAUUUGCAGCAAUAUUAUCAACUCUUUCAGCCGUACUCACAAUAGGAGUCUUAAAUGAUUUACCAACUAUUACCACUGAGCAUUCUUCGAUAACGGAAUUUCCUUCGCCAGAGGAUACCAGCUCUAUUUGUUUAGAGCAUAUCACCCAACCAACGUUUCUUAAUUCAGAAUGGACUGGGAGAUUUUCGCCAAACAACCUGGUCUUUCCCAAUACUCAACCGUUUCGUCAGUUGAAACGAAUCCUUUUUAAAUUCGAAAUUGAUGGUGAUGGUACUGUAAAUGGAGACCUUCCUACAUUCACAAUCAACAUUUUUGAUUCAGGCAAUAUGACAACUGCGGAGGCAAUGUAUGUUGAGGCAGCUAAGGAUACCUAUUUCGAGGAAUCGUCAGAUACAUCUUUUUUUACGUCAAUAUUCCGGGGGAAUCGGUAUUUUAUAGGGAAAAAUACCUAUCAUGUUCGAAUGACCCGAAGGGUCACAAACAGGAUAGUACCUGCGUUUCUAGAUAAUUUUGGAAUUCAGCCAAGCCGUGAUACACAAUCUUAUAUUACAACAAUUAUCUUGGCAGGAUUUAUGAUCGACCCACAUAAUUUUAUGUUGGAAACGCAGACGGAACAGAGGCAAUUUCUGUCUGUGAUUUCAAAUGUAUUGGCUGUGGGAGGAUCAUUCUUGACACUUUAUGCCAUUUUAUUUGGUGUUGGUCCAAUCAAACCAUGGGGAGUUGUCCAGAAAUGGUUUUUUGGAGUCACAACACACGAUGAGCUCGUAGCCAGACUAGGAUUAAACCCUGGAUCUUUACUUUCUAAUGAUGAAAUGGAUACAACUACUGCUAAAGAUACACUUAACGAAAUGGUUUUAGUCAUUGAUGAUUUAUCAACAACUACUGCAAAUGAUCAAGAUAAUGAAAUCAUAAAAAAACAAAUUAAUGGUAUAAUAGCACUUCUUAAACACUAUAUUGUUAAUAUUCCUCAGUUAAAAAAAGAAUAA